AUGUUAGGCCAACUCCUGGUUGCUGCCCUGGCGGCAGGCAAUGCCCUUGCCGCGCCGACAGCAGUUGAGAAACGCCAGACCUCCAACAAAUGCACCAACCCCCGGAUCCGAAAAGCAUGGCACAAGCUCACCGACACAGAGAAGCAAACCUACCUCGACGCCGAGCUCUGCCUCAUGAACCACCCCGCCACUCUCGGCCUGCGCGGCGCAAAGACCAAGUACGACGAGUUGACUUCUGUGCACAUUCUCGAGUCUGAAAUCUCCCAUUUUGUUGGCGCCUUCCUCCCCUUCCAUCGCCUCUACAUCCACGCCCACGACGUCACCCUCCGCUCGCUAUGCAACUACACCGGCCCCCACCCCUACUGGGACGAAACCCACGACUACACCUCCUUCACAACCUCGGACAUGUUCUCCACCACCUCCCCCUCCUUCGGCGGCAACGGCGUCGGCGCCACCCAGUGCAUCGAGACGGGGCCCUUUGCGGACUACCGCUCCGUUUUGGGUCCUGGGUUCAGGAUCUCGCCGGAUAAUCCAAAGUGUAUCACCCGUAACAUCAACAACUUUGCCGCCAGCGGUGCCUCACCGGAGAUUGUAGCCGGGUGUUUGGGACAGGAGGACUGGUUGUCUUUCUGGGCUUGCGCCGAGGGUAGACCUCACGGGGCGGGACACGGCGGGGUGGGGGCCGAGAUGGGCAAUCCGAUCAGUAGCCCUAGCGAUCCGACCUUUUGGAUGCAUCAUGCUUGGUUGGAUCGGCUGUGGGCGCAGUGGCAGGAUUUGAGGCCGGAGGUUAGGCUGGGGGAGAUGGGGGGGAAUAAUAGGAUGAGGAAUGGGUUUGGGGCCGGGCCGCCUAAUGGUGGGUUCCCUGGGGGAGGUGAGGGUGGUGGUGGUGGGUUUCCUGGGUUCCCGCCUGGGAAUGGGACUUUCCCUGGGUUUCCCGGGGGUGGUGGUGGGUUUGGAGGGGGCCCAGGGUUUGGGAACCCGGAGGAUCUGACCAGGCCGGAGGAUGUACCGGAGGCGAUUGUGGAGGGUGAUAAUGGGGGGAAUGUGACGACGCUGGGACACGUGCUGCAUAUGCAUGGGCUUAUUCCGGAUGCUACGAUUGCUGAUGUGAUGGAUACCAGGGGGGAGCUGUUGUGCUUUGAGUAUGAUUGAUAAAGCUGGCUGCAGUUUCCAUAGCACUCCUCGAGACAACCCGUUCAAUAUGGUGAGAGUCUACAACAUUACGCUCUGCCAACAGGAUAAGAGUAUUUGAUUUAUUUAUGUACACAAGAUACAGAUUGAAGAUCUAACAGGCGUCCGUCAUAAUGGGAUGGAUUGGAAUCCUGGCCUCGACCUCGGCAGGCUCGUGUUUGCAAUCCGAGGAAAAGAUUCAUCAGUAGACCGAUGCCUUCGAUUUGUCCGCCCCUGACCAUAUGGAACGAGCUCCCUACCCUUGGCCCCCUGGUCUCCCUUCGGCCUAUUCUCGACAACCUCCAACUGUAAGGAUCGACCUAUUUUUGUCCUCCCAAAGAAAUCUAGUGCUUUACUAGGUAGACUGGCGGUAACGGUGAAUUGCCUUCUGUCGAUCACCACCUGAGUUUGAUUUGAUGCUUCAAGUACUUGAGGGUGGUCCAAACCCAAGUCUUCCCAGUGCAGCAUAUCCCCAGGGGCUCGACGACGAAAUAUGUAUGCUGUAGCAGCGGUAUGCUUCGCAGUCUCCAGAAUGUAGAUCCGUACCUGGUCCUCCCCCUCCCGCCGAUACAGCACAGUGAAGCGGGUGCGCUUUCCUCCAACAUCACCCUCAAGAAGAAAGGCACCGACAAGAUAUGUUGGAAGAUGGAACUGAAUCAUGUCCUGAUCGUCCCAAUAACCUGACGGGAUGGUGUGUUUCAUGCUCCACUCGGGAAUCGAGACCUCAGUGCAGCGUUUGCGAAAUGCCAAUAGUGUAUCAUUAUCGAGUGGUCGCGUAUCGGUCACGAAAUGGCAGGUGGCUAUAUCCGUUUUCAAAAGAGACUUGUUUUCUGUCCCGCUGAUCAUCUUGAGCGGCCGUGAUUUUCGAAGGAAUAGAGAUUCUCCGAUCUUUCUCAGCUGGAUCCCCAAAUACGCCCCAGAGCCACGAGACAGGAAUCCAACCAUGAAAACGUAUUCUCUCUUGAGACUUUCGUUUGCGCCCGCUGGUUGAUCGCUCUUCAGGGGCAUUCGAUGAAAAAAUAUGUCUUGCAGUUGUAUGC